CACAUUCAUUGAUGUAACAUGGGUUAAUAAGGAGUAAUUUUUAUUAAAUUCUACUAACAAAUAAAUAACGCUAACAUGUAGAUGUAGAGAAAUUCAAAUAUAUUGUUAUCGAGCGAAAAGCUAUGCGUUUAUCGAUGUGUGCAUUGCCUCACACAUGCGCUCGGACCACUAGCAACUGGAUAAGGCGAUGAAUAAAUGCAACAAAAAAAGUUUUCCCCUUAUCAAUGACGAAUUUUGGACUCCGGGGGGAUCUACUCCGGAGCAGAAUCAUUCGUCUGCUUUCGAUGAGUGCUAUAAUGGGUAAUUUGUGUGUGAGCACAGCCGCUUGGCCUGGAACCAAAGCGAAUCUCCCCGAAGGAGAUUUUGGACAACGGAUGCUGCAGGAAUGUCGUCAAAUGGAAAAACCCAAAGUACCUGUGGAUCUUGAGAAAUUUAAGGCGCUAUCGCAAAAGUUUCCAGCCAGGUUUGGCAUCGAUACCUGCCGGGUGAAGGCUCAACCGGCGGAUCGCAGUGAGAUCAUCCGGGAACAGAUUGCAUCCGCCUAUCCGGUGAUUCACGAACGCACCCUCCUCCUCUACAUCAGUUUCCUGGAGCACAAACUCAAGUUCGGCAGCCAGCAGGAGAAGAAUGUCUACAGGGACAUGACCGUGGCGGACUUUGUGCAGCGUCUCCUGGCGAAGAGAUGUGUGUGGUUCUUCGGCGCCGGCGACUACUAUCACACCAUGGACGGGAGGAUCGGAUACGAGGGCUUCGAGGCGGUGGGCACAGCGGCGGAGGCGGAUCCCCUGACCCUUACCUCGGUGCUCAGCUACGACGAGAUCAAGCUGGCCGCCCUGUUGUACGCCUCCACCCACUCGGAGUUCAUCAACGAUGGUCGCCGCUCGAACGCGGGUGUGGUGACCCAGAACAAGAGCUCCAUCGAAAGGGAGGGCGUGAUCAUGGGACUCAUUGGAGCCCGAUUCGAGCGUGCCGAUGUGAUGGAGUACCAGGAUAUAAUGAUCACCCAGACCCAAAAUACCCAAGCCAGAGGCUACGGGCUGUCGAGGUCCACCAAUGGUACGGAUACGGCAGCUGCGGAUUUGCGCAGAAUCUGGCGGGAGUUCUACGAGGAGCCCAGGGACUUUAUCUACGGCGAUGUGCCCGCGAAUAAGGAUCGUUUCGAGGAGGUGCCCGAGGGUGUUUUCGAUCACCAGGUGAUGCGCAAGCGAUAUGCCAUCAGUUUCGACACCCUGCUGCUGGAGGCACAGGACAGGGCGGCCAAGGUGGGCAAACCGGCCUACAUUCAUGUGGUGGGCAUCGGUUUGGGCGUUUGGAAGGCAGCUCGACGGCAGGAGAGAAGCUUCUUCGAAUCCUUCGAGGAGCGGUUGCGCACACUGGGCCAACGGCUCAGUCACAUCGGUGUGGUGCACUUCUCCUGGUUUCAUUCUCGUGGUUCUAAUGGCCUGUACGAGGGAGCCCUGUUUCCCGUGGAGAAUCAUCCGCAGGGCGGCAUUCUCAUCCGAAAUUCGGCAAGAAAUCCCAACGAGAAGCUGGCGGAGGACAUGCUGCCCGUGGUGACCUACGCCUGGGAUGGAAACGCCCUGCCCGGCAACGAAUUUUGGGCUAGAAUGCUGGUCAGCACUGGAGAUCCGGCUGCAGCCUGUUCCACGCUGAUUACCGAGCUGCAAAACACCCAUAUUAAUGUGGACUACAUGAGCGGGGCCAAUCUGCACAUCGCAUCCGUGGAACAUGGACUACUUCAUGUGGGCGACUACGCCAGGCGAGUGAUCGUAUAAGCUAUGUUUUAUAGAAAUCUUAUACUCUUUACGCUACAUUAAAUGUGGGCAUUUUUAACUUAAUAU